CUUUUUGUGCACCAGCGGAUGAUACUGGCUUUUUUAGCAUCUGGCGAAUCAUCAAGGCGAAUUUGGAGCGCGUAUUACCUCGCUUUUCCUGGACGUCGAGGUUCCUGGGGGUCAAAAUGCAGUGGCCCCUGAGCACACUGCCCCUCCCCCUCUGCAGUGACCUUGGUGUACAGUCUCUGAGCGGCCUCCUGUGGACCUUCCUCCUCCUCUUCCUCUGGCACUGCUACAGGAUGGGCACAGACUCACCCGCACACCCGCACAGCUCCAAACUCAACUCGCGCCGAGCCCUGAAGAGCUGUGGCGGGAGCAGAGGUGAUCACAGGAGCAGCUUCAUCUCCAUGGGAACGACGGAGGAGGAGGAUGACGAGGAGGAGAGGGGACAGGGAUACCUCACCCCCGUGCUGAGUCACGCCUUGUUCCCGACCCAAGCCUCCGCCCAGGCCAAGAAACUGUACGCAGCCCUGCAGGAAUAUGCCAAGCGCUACAGCUGGGUGGGCAUGGGACGGAUCCACAAGGGCCUACGAGAACAGGAGAGGCUGGCCAGUCACUGCACCAUCCAGAAGCCUCACCUGUUCUACCUGCCAGACGUACCCAGUGUUCCCUUCUUCCCACGGGACGCACACAGACACGACAUCGAGGUGCUGGAGGCCCACUACCCCGUCAUCCUGUCUGAGUUCCAGGCCGUGUAUCAGAGAGGAAUCGACUCCAAACACGGCUGGACCUCUAUGGGACCCAAGGGCCAGGCCGUCUUCCCUCUGUACAGCGCGGGAGUGUGUGUGGCUGGAAACUGCCGCUCGUGUCCGUGCACAUACAGGACCCUUCUCUCUCUGCGCACCUUCAUCAACAGUAACUCUUUAGGAUCGGCCGGCUUUUGGCUCUUGGGGCCCGGGGCCACUCUGGGCAGUUCCUACGGCCCCACCAACACUCGCCUGCGCUGCCAUCUGGGGCUGCAGACCCCCCCGGAGUGCGAGCUGGUGGUGGGGGGAGAGCCGCAGUGCUGGUCAGAAGGACACUGCCUCCUGGUGGAUGACUCCUUCCUCCACACGGUCUCGCAUAAAGGUCCCCAGGAGGCCGGCCCCCGCGUCAUUCUCAGUGUGGACCUGUGGCAUCCCAACGUGGCUGCAGCGGAGAGACAGGCCCUGGACUUCAUGUUUAGCCCUGAGCCCUGA